AUGCCUGGCCUGCCCUCGUCGGUUGACCUCGACGAGUGCAUCUCGCGUCUUUACAAAAAGGAACUGCUCGCCGAAUCCGUCAUCGAAGCAAUAUGCGCCAAGACAAAGGAGUUGCUCAUGCGAGAGAGCAAUGUCGUCCACGUGAAGGCGCCCAUUACCGUCGUCGGCGACAUCCACGGCCAGUUCUUUGAUCUCAUUGAAAUCUUCAGGAUCGGCGGCUACUGUCCCGACACCAACUACCUCUUCCUCGGCGACUACGUCGACCGAGGCAUGUUUAGCGUCGAAACAAUCUCGCUGCUUUCGUACGGAUUCUACACUGAGUGUUCUCGCAAGUACGGCAACGCCAACGUGUGGCACUACUUCACCGACAUGUUUGACUUUUUGACGCUGAGCGUGGUAAUCGAUAAUCAAAUAUUCUGCGUGCACGGCGGUCUGUCACCUUCCAUCCACUCCAUCGACCAGAUCAAGAUCAUCGACCGGUUUCGAGAAAUUCCCCACGAGGGCCCGAUGGCCGACCUCGUCUGGUCCGACCCCGACCCCGAGCGCGACGAGUUCUCGCUCUCGCCACGCGGAGCGGGCUACACUUUUGGCGCGCAGGUGGUCAAGAAGUUUCUGGCCGUCAACAACAUGUCGCACAUUCUUCGCGCACACCAGCUCUGCCAGGAAGGCUUCCAGGUGCUGUACGACGACCGGCUCAGCACCGUGUGGAGCGCCCCCAACUACUGCUACAGGUGCGGCAACAUGGCGAGCGUGCUCGAGGUGAGCGACGGAGGCGAGAGGUUCUUCAACGUAUUUGCCGCCGCGCCGGAAAACGACGUGCAUAAGGACCAGCAGCCGGGGAAUGAAAAGGCCGCUGAUGGAAAUGCCCUUCCCGACUACUUUUUAUAG